AUGGAUUCCAAUUCUGACCCCAACCCGUUCCGAACCGUGGCAGAGAUCCUCGCGGCAGAUUCCCGGCCUGCGGUCUCUUCCCUCACGCCUUCCCUCAUCCGUCUCUACGCCAUCCUUGCACCAGCUUGCCUCGUCGUCUGCGCGACGAAUGGCUACGACGGUUCAGUCCUGACCGGACUCCAAGGCGUAGCUGCCUGGAACCAGGAGUUUGGGAGUCCCAAAGGAGCUCUCUUGGGGAUCACCAGCGCAGCCUACCCCCUCGGCGCGAUCCUUUCGACGCCAUUCUCGGCCAUCAUCUCCGACCGUUUCGGACGGAAAUGGUCUAUUCUCAUAGGCAGCUGCAUCAUGAUCAUCGGCGUGCUGAUACAGUGCCUCAGCCACUCCAUCGGGCUCUUCAUCGGGGGACGUAUUGUCGUCGGGUUCGGCAUCACCAUGGCCCUCGCUGCAGCCCCUGUGCUGAUAUCCGAGCUCGCACAUCCCCGACACCGCGUCCUCUUCGGUUCUCUAUACAACACCAGCUUCUAUCUUGGCGCCCUGACGGCUGGAUGGGUUACCUUUGGCAGCUAUCGCAUCCCAGGCUCUUGGGCGUGGCGUCUGCCAACUAUGCUUCAAGCGGUUCCAGCCUGCAUCCAGAUGAUAUUUGUCUGGUUUCUAGACGAGUCCCCACGUUGGCUGUGCUACAAGGACCGCGAAGAGGAAGCCUUCAACAUCCUCGUCAAGCACCACGGCGGCGGCGACCCAAACGACCCCCUCGUUCUUGCGCAAUUCCACGAGAUGAAAGUCGCCCUACAGCUGGAGAAGCAGGUGCAAGACGCGGGUCCCAAGCUCUUUCUCAAAACACCAGCCAACCGAAAGCGGCUGCUCAUUCUCGUGACGCUUGCUGUCGCCGGUCAAUGGUCCGGGAAUGGAUUAGUCAGUUACUACUUAACUCGUAUCUUCAGCAGCAUCGGCAUCACAAGUCAGCGGGAGCAGACUUUACUCAACGGAGUCAUCAGCACGGUGAACUACGCAACCGCCCUCAUGGCGGCGGGGUUGUCGACAAAGCUCGGCCGGCGGUGGAUGUUCGUCGGCGGCGGGAUUGCCAUGUGGCUGACCUUUUCGUCGCUCACAGCUAGUAUUGCCGUCUACAACACCAAAGGGACAACGGCUUCGAGCCAAGCUGCCCUGGCGUUCAUCUUCAUUUACUAUGCAGCAUUCAACCUGUGUUUGAACCCGCUUCUCUUCCUCUAUCCGACGGAGAUCCUGCCGUUCAGGCUGAGGGCUAUGGGUUUGAGCAUUCUUGUAUUCGCCAAUAAGGCGGCGUCGUUCCUGAACCAGUUUGUCAACCCGAUUGGGAUGGAGUCUCUGAGUUGGAAAUACUACCUUUUCUACGUCGGGUGGCUGCUGGUCGAGAUCGCGGUGUUCUACUUUCUGUAUCCAGAGACGAAGGGGUACAGCCUGGAACGCAUGCAGGAGGUGUUUGGGGAGGAGAUCAAAGAUGACGGGCCCGAGGAGAAGGCCUCCAUCAUCAACGAGAUGAGAGCGGUAGAGCAUAAGGAGUGA